AUGAUGAGAGGAGUUGCCAAGAAAAAGAAGGAGAAGAAGAAGGACUUCCAGAAAACCAAGCUGAAAGUCGGCAAGGCAAAGGCAAAGGCCGCAAACUUCACAGACACAAGCUUCAAGUCAAAGUCCAUCGUACUCAACCAACAGUCUCUAGCGACUGAUGCUCCCGACCCAGCAGAGCAGUUCAAGCAUAACUUGUCGUUAGCGACGUCUCGGACGGAUAGCCAGAGGCGAGAUGCAUUGUCCUAUCUUACUGGCCAACUAUCAACAAACCCUCCCAACAACCCAGUGGGAACCUGGGCUGUGCUGGAGAAGCUACUACCACUGAUCGCUGACACUUCCGGAGGUGUGCGGAGUCGGCUGUUGAAGCUAUUCCGCACCCUGCCCGCCGUUGAAGUCCGGCCACACGCCGAGAAAGUCAUCAAAUGGGUUCGCAUGGGGAUGACCAAUCUCUCGGCCGAGGUACGCGAUGACGCACUCAACAUGAUGGAGUGGCUUCUCGACAUCGCCGCCGAGGAGGUGGUGGCUUGCUCAGGCGGGUGGGUCAAGACCCUCGACACCUUCGCCGCGAUGCUCGGCUGGAAAUCUCUCGUUCCAGUCUCGGGCAAGAAAGACGGCUGGUCCUCGGCUCCGAAGACCACUUUUGGGGCAGCAAAAGGCGGUGCCUCGUACGCUCACCAGAUCAGCGUGCUUGCACGAUUUCUCGACGCCGGCUUCCGGCGUGAAGAGGUCCAGUCUUGGAGAUACCGAGACUAUUGGGACAACCUAUACCGCAUCCCCAAGGGCACAACUCCGUUUGCUUACCUGGGGCUUUUUGGUCCGCCUCGCGACAAGGACGGAGAAAUGUGCCCCGAUCGGGAGGAGCGCCAACGGGCGUUCUACAAAUGGAGCGCUGCCAUAACGAAAGGCACUGAUGAGGCGAAGAAGGAGGGCGGGGCCGUUGGAAGGGCAGCAGCAGCCUUGGAUCAGGUUCUCAAAGACGGUAUGGAAGAUUAUGAGCAUGUCGAAGAACUGAACGAGGUCAUGGGUAUAUAG